CUGUCUUUCUGCUCAUGUGCCCUUUUCCUCCCUCCCUUGUCCUGUCCACCUUACUCUCUCUCGUUCCGCCCCAGAUUGCUGACGACUGCGUACAACAAGACGUGCACGGAGUAGAAUCCAAGGCCUUAAAUGAAUUACAAUCAAACCAAUCACGGCUUCUCACCACCCUGUCCUGUCUCACCGCAUCAACAACCCGGUCCCGCCCCAAGCUAGCCGUCCUGGCUUGGCCUGAUCUAUAAAAGGUUGAGUCAGGCCCCGUUCAAACGCGUUGACCACAUUGUCCAGGAGAAUUGCGUGAUCAAAGCCGUGGAUCAUCAUUUUGCGCUGCAAACAGUCUGGAAAUACUACACACGGCGUUUCUUGUUUGAGAAGGAGAACUCCCUCGUCACUUCACCCUGCACCAAAUCCCCACCUGUAUCUCUGUAUCUCUCCGUACCCAUUGGGAAGAAGGAGGCUAUACCGUACAGUCGGAGCGUUUCAUUACGCAUACGGUCAGCCGUUGCCAUCGCCGGGCUGAGACGCACGCACACACGCAACUAUUGGGCUCCUUCCUCAACCCGGCCUCGGUCAUCCUCUGGUCAUUGCUCGGGAGACACGGAGGCGACUUGGAAAGGAUUCAUAAUAAGGCGUGACGGACGGGUCGUCUUGGGCUACUCUUCUACCGCUUUUAUCUGAUCUAGGCUUGGUCCAUUCUUCUGAUAUCAAGUUUCACGCACCCACCCCGCGCCGGCUUCACACCACCACCAUCACCACCACCACCACAUUUUCUUUUCUGCUGCAUUGCGUGUUGCUUGUCCUUUUUCUGUUCCGAGAUAUCUGGGUCUAGUUUACUCUCUGGGUUUGCAGAGCUGUCUAUACCUACACACAGAUACAAUGGCACCCGACUUAAACUCUCUCCCUUCGUCACCAAACCUGACGAAGGAACAGACUCCCUUCAAUGGCCAGGGCAAUGGUACUAACCCCAGCUUGGGCAAUGGCACGAAGCGGCCCAACAUCCUGUACAUCAUGGCCGACCAGAUGUCGGCGCCCCAGCUGAAGAUGUACAACCCGGACUCCCAGAUCAAGACGCCCCAUCUUGACAGCCUCGCGGCAAGAUCCGUCCAGUUCGACUCGGCCUACUGCCCCUCCCCACUCUGCGCGCCCUCGCGUAUGAGCAUGAUCUCGGGCCAGCUUCCCAUGAGGAUCGGGGCCUAUGACAACGCAGCUCAGAUCGGCAGCGAUGUCCUCACAUAUGCCCACUACCUCCGGCUGCGGGGCUACCACACCGUGCUGGCCGGCAAGAUGCACUUCGUCGGCGACCAGCUGCACGGCUAUGAGACCCGCCUCACCAGCGACAUCUACCCGGGCGACUUCGGCUGGGCCGUGGACUGGGACAACCCUGAGACCAGGCUCGAGUGGUACCACAACGCCAGCUCCAUCAAGCAGGCUGGAGUCUGCGUCCGCAGCAACCAGCUUGACUAUGACGAGGAGGUCAUGUACAAGUCCACCCAGUUCCUCUACGACCAGGUCCGGAAAUCCGAUGAUCGACCUUUCUGCUUGACGGUUUCUCUCACCCACCCACAUGACCCCUACACCAUUGAGAAGAAGUACUGGGAACGGUAUGAGGGAGUCGACAUCGACCUGCCAAAGGUCAGGAUACCCAAGGAGGAGCUGGACCCCCACAGCCAGAGGUUGCUGAGGGUCUGCGACCUCUGGGAUGAGAACUUCACGGAUGAGCAGAUCAAGAAGGCCAAGAGGGCAUACUACGGCUCUUGCAGCUAUGUUGAUGACUGUAUUGGCAAGCUUCUGCAGACGCUUGAGGACUGCGAUCUGGCUGAUGACACCAUCAUCGUCUUCUCUGGUGAUCAUGGAGAUAUGCUUGGCGAGCGUGGCCUGUGGUACAAGAUGAGCUACUUCGAGGGCUCUGUGCGGGUCCCCAUGCUGGUGUCGUACCCCAAGUGGUUCGCUCCCCACCGUGUCUCUCAGAACGUCUCCACUCUGGACAUCCUCCCUACCAUGUGCGACCUUGUUGGUACCAAGCCGGAGCCAGGUUUCCCCAUGGAUGGCAUUUCCAUGAUGCCACAUCUGCUCGGCCAGGAGGGUCACGAUACCGUUUUCGCAGAGUACACCGGCGAAGGCACCGUCUCGCCGCUCAUGAUGAUCCGCCGCGGCCCUUGGAAGUACAUCAUCUGCCCGGCGGACGGCGAGCAGCUGUUCAACCUGAAGGACGACCCGUACGAGGUGCAUGACCUAGUCAAGAGCCUCUCCAAGAAGGGAUCCAACCUGAGCGCCGAGGACCUCAAGGUCAAGGAGGUGUUCGAGGCGUUCAGCGCAGAGGCCAAGGCAAAGUGGGACUUCGAGAAGAUCACCAACGAGGUCCUCCUGAGCCAGAGGCAGAGGAAGUUUGUCUGGAAGGCGCUCAGGAUCGGCCACUUCACGAGUUGGGAUCACAACCCCAUUGAUGACGGGCGGGAUAAGUACAUCCGCUCUCACAUGGACCUCGAUGAUUUGGAGAGAAUGGCACGCUACCCUCCUGUCGAUCCCAACGGGGUUCCAACCAAGAAGUUGCUGUCUCACCAAGCUGGUGCUCUGGGCGAAUAGGCCUGCGGACCUCUCUGCACAUACAUUGCUCGAAUGCUCGAAGUUGUCCACCAGUUCCUUUUCACGUGUUUGAUGGGCCCAAGUGGACGCUUCUACGACGAUACGAACUUUAUAGCUUGCUGAUCUUUAAGGUCUCAUUGUGACGGAGUUUGUUGCAUGGCUGCGUUUCCUCAUUAUUAUCGUGUUCUCGCCACAGACUCUUGCCAUUAUGCAGGAGUCAAUUGGUGACAGGAGUCAAGGAGUCAGCGAACGGAAUCCGGAUGACACGGGAAAGAGGGCCUCGUUCAGGUCCCUGUAUGUUAGGUAGUCGAACUCAAAUCUUCAAUUGAAGCAUACCCCC